AUGCCCAAGAGAAAGGUUGAAGGGGAUGCUAAAGGAGAAAAAGCCAAGGUGAAGCCUGAGCCACAGAGAAGAUCUGCAAGGGUAUCUGCUAAUCCUGCUCCUCCAAAGCCAGAGCCCAAGCCUAAAAAGCCAAGAAGGGAAAGAAGGUACCCAAAGGGCAAAAGGAGGAAAGCUGGUGCUGGCAAGGGUGGGAGUAACACCGAAGAAAGCCGAGAUGCCCCAACAGACCAGGCACAGGAAGUUGAAGGUGCUGGACAUGCCAAGUGA